AGGCCACGGGCGUGCCGCUUGUGGACGAGCUCAUGAAGCUGGCGGGCGUGUCUGCCGCCGCCUGGCACGCGGCGCGCCUGCUGGCCUUCCUGGCCUUUGCCGCGGCGGCGGGCACGCUGCUGCUGCGCGUGCUGGACCGCGCCGCGGGCAGGCACAUCCGGGCCGCCGACGGCGCGGGGCGCUUCAACGUGGGCGCCGAGGCCCUGGCAGCCGCCUUCACACCCUGCCAGCUGAUGCUGCCCAUCUACUGCGCCACGCGGGCGGGGACAGUGGUGCUGGCCCUGGCGGUGGUGGCCGCCACCAAGUGCGGCGUGGACCCGGCGGCACUGCUGAUAUGCCGCAUGGACCAGCAGCUGCUGGCGGCGCUGCGCUGGCUGUCGCUGGCUGCCGGCGGCGAGGCCAAGCAGGUGCAGGUGAUGGCCGCCCUGCAGUGGGCCACACAGCUGGUGCAGGAUUGCUCGGAGCUGGUUGUGAUUGUCGGCUUGGCUUGGGCUGCCAUCGACUUCAAGUCCCGCCUCAUCGAGUGGGCAGCAGAACGGCUGCAGACAGACGACGACGUGCACAACGACGGCAUGGCGCCACUGCUGCGCCUGGGCAACACCGGCGUGACGAUCGCCAUUGUGCUGCUGGCUGCCGCCGUUGCGCUGGCCGGCUUUGGCUUCCAUAUCGGCCCCCUGCUGGCCUCGGUGGGCGGCGUGGGCGUGGUGAUUGGGCUGGCCACCCAGCAGCUGCUGUCCAACAUUGUGGCCGCCAUCUCGCUCUACUCCACGCGCCCGUUUGUGACGGGGGACGUGGUGGAGCUGGUGAACCCAGAGGGGGUGGAGGUGGCGGGCACGGUGCUCAACAUCGAGCCCACCCGCACCAUACUGCUGGACGAGAGCAGCGGGUGCAUAGUCCACGUCAGCAACUCCGACAUUGGCGAUUACAUCAUCAAGAACGCCUCCCAGUACCGCGCCCUCACCCGGCUGCAGGGCCAGCAGGCCGCGGGCGGCGCCGAUGGGAGCCCCACAAGGACCAUGCAGGAGCUGGUGCGGGCGAUGCGCUCCACCUCCUCCCUCUCCUACGACGGAGAGGAGGCUCAGGAGCGGGGCGGCGGCGGCGGCGCACCCGCCGGCCAGGCGGUCUAGUGGCUGGGCCCGGCUGGGCGCCCGGCAGCGAGCGCCCUGCGCUGCUGCACACACGCACACCUCGAGAUGUUGCGCGUUGGUCGAUUGUUGUUGCAUUGCAAUUAUUUGACUCUCAUUCUGCUGGGAGCCUUGCUGGCAAUGAAACUAGCAUAGAGCCAAUACGAAACAUAGCAACGAUGAUCUUGGGGGGCGUGGCUGCCUGACUGCCUAGAGCCUGCGGCAGGGCCUAGCUUCUGCAAAACUGAAAACGGGGGGCUGGCAAGCAUGUGCAUUGCGAUCCGAGGUCUGGUUGAAACAAAGCAGAGAAGGAGAGCCGAGGGAGUGGUGUGUUGAGUGUUGAGCGCCGUUGUGGCGAUGGUGAGGGGUCGGCAGGCCGGGCAAGCAAGCGCCCGCUCCUGCCGCCCGCUCCAGACGCGGCGCCGGCUGGCCGCACGGCCAGCCCUCGGGAUGCUGCUCAGUGGAUGCUGCAGUUGCCCUGGGCGUCGCAGCCAGCCAGGUUGGCCUCCCACGCCUUCUCCCAGCUGGCAACCCACGCCUGGGCAUCACCCAGCCCAUACUUGGCCACCACGCCCGCCAGGCUGUCCACAUCCGGGCGCACCACCUCUAUCAGCCUCUCGUACUGCCACCGCUUCAUAGGCCAGCCCUCGGGCUCGUGGCCCAGCCGGUUGGCCCGCGUGUUGCUGUGGCCCAGCUGGUUGGCGGGCAGGUUGGGGUCGACGCCCAGGAAGCUCUUGACGGCCACCAGGUGCUCCGCCUCCUUCUCCUCCGCCGUCAGGCUCUCGUACUGCAGCAGCAGGAGCUGGCUGCGCGGGUAGACGUCCAGCCAGGCCUGCAGCGGGGUGGUGUAGUUGUUCCAGGGCAGCUCCAGCUCCAGGCACUCAAACAGGGAGUCGUGCUUGUUGAGGCAGGUGUAGGUGUUUUUGUCCAGGUUGUGCCCAAGCAUGGACAGGUAACGGCUGAUGGGCUCCCGCAGGGACGCGAUGAGCUUCACCCAGGGGAACACCUCAAACAGGCUGGCGGCAAAGGUGCGGUUGCUGGGGGUCAUGCGGUGCCCCUCCCGCCCAUAGUGGGUGGACCCUUCAAACAUGGCGGCA